AGGACUAAAUCUCUUCUCCUCCCUUUGGGCUCCUUCGCUUCUUUUCUGGGUCUCUCGUUCUUGUUGUCCGCUCGUCUGACCUCCGACGACUAUCCAUCGUUUUGGCUCAGAUAGCAGAGUUGCAGAGAGAGAGAGAGAAAGGGAGUUCAUGGCCAGCAAAAGAAUCCAGAAGGAGCUUCAGGAUUUGCAGAGAGAUCCUCCGACUUCCUGCAGCGCUGGGCCUGUGGGAGAGGACCUCUUCCACUGGCAGGCGACGAUCAUGGGACCCGCAGAUAGCCGCUAUGCUGGUGGCGUGUUCUUUGUCAUGAUCCAUUUUCCACCUGACUAUCCCUUCAAGCCUCCCAAAGUCAACUUCCAGACUAAGGUGUACCACCCAAACAUCAACUCCAAUGGCAGCAUUUGUCUGGACAUCCUUAAGGAGCAGUGGAGCCCGGCCUUGACCAUAUCAAAGGUUCUCCUCUCCAUCUGCUCACUUCUUACUGACCCCAACCCUGAUGAUCCCCUUGUACCUGAAAUUGCCCACAUCUACAAGAACCAAAGAAGUCGAUAUGAGGAAACAGCAAGGGCAUGGACCCAGAAAUAUGCCAUGAACUGACAUUGGCCCUCUGGGGGUUCAACCAAUGCUGGGUGGACCUCAACAGCAGUUGAAUUUUUGGUUUUUUGUUUUUUUGUUGGGCGGGGGAUGAAGAGCAAAACUGAAACAAGCUGGUGUGUGGUAAACAUGCUCCCAGAUGAAUAGAACUGUUCCAUCGAAAGUGAAGGACAUGUUUGGUUUUGUAUAUUAUUAUUAUAAUUAUGGGAUAAAUGGUUCCUUUGUUCUGU